UUAGCUUCGACCUUUUACUCCUAUUUUCACUAAGUUUUGUCAGGCCGAGGUCACUUUUCUGUCGUACCGAACUGAACAUUUUAACGAUCUCGUUUAUACGAGAGCGUCAGUUUGUCAUCGAUCUUUCAUCAUGAAGGGACGUUGGAAUUGUAGCGAAGAGGAACUUGUCUCGGCAGAAGAAGGUUUAAAGAUUAAUAAAUCUGUGACAAGGGGAAAAAGCUACUGUUAUGAAAGAUUUAUACAGUAUGUAAAAUUGAUCUUUCUUAUUUUACUGAUCUCUUUCGUUGGAUGGAGCAGUUACACUAUUUGGAAAGUGUACGGCCAGGAGUCAAUCGAUUUAUCCGUUCUCGACUCGAGUUCUACUCAAUAUAGCGACGGUGAAUCUUCGACAAUUUUUAAUAGAAUUUUGUCGUUACCAUUGAGUAAAUCUGAAAAAACGUUGGUAACUACGACGAGACAAAGUAUCCUUUUAAACGAGGAUCUAUUUCCAAGUGAAAUUUAUUCGACCGAUAAUCAGCUGAUCACAACUAUGAAGAUUCCUGAAUCGAAUAUAAAACAAGAUAUUUCAAUAACGAGUUUCGAGAAUACUGAUACGGAAGAGACGAUAAAGAAUUCGUUUAAAUCGUCGAUAAACGAUCACGAAGAAGAAAUAACAGUGCCGACUUUGAAUAAGAAUGAGACUAAGGAGUAUGAAAAUUCGACGAACGAGUCAGUGAUCGAAUGGAGCUUUCCGUUUAUCUGGUCUAUUUAUGAUGACAUUGAUUCAUUUACGGAUGAUUACUUGGAAGAAAUUCAUAACUCUGAAUUAGAUGCAGUGUUAAAAGAACUUGAUGAGAACAACGAGAAAGAUGAGGAAAGUAAUGAAUUUUCGAAAUUUCAAGAAAAUUCUUUCGAAAAGGAAGAUCUGUCUGAUGAUCAGAACGAUGAGAAUAAUCGUAGCUACGAAAAGGACGUUCCAUCGUCCAUCGAAAUUAUUAAUAAUUUGAAGAAGCUUCACGAUUCCAUAGAUGCCAUGAUGAAGGAUUUACAUGUAGAGAAUCGUCAAAGUGAUUAUGAUUUAUUGAAAUCUGAAGAAAGUUCGAUAAAGGAUGAAUCGUCUAAUCAUUUGUUAUUAGGAUUAGGUAGACAAGAUAGCAUCGAGACACCAUCUUCCAUCUCAGGAGAAGAUUCAGAAAUAACAAAAUCGAGUUUGUUUCACGAUAGCUUGAUUGAAGAAGAUCCGUAUAGGUUUCUCUUGGGAAAUCACGAUCACAGUUACCUCGAGUCGUCGAUCCUUUCUUCUUUAGAACGUGUAGACUCUGAAAAGUCUGAUACGUCGAAGGUGGACGAUACUACCAGCGAUUUAAAGAAGGGGUAUUUGGAAAAUAUGGAUAAGGAUUUGUGGCUCUUUCGUCAAGAUAGUAAAAGAGAGGACAGUGAUAUCGAAACAAAUCCGACGGAUAAAUCUAUGGAAAGGCAUUUACUUGCGGACGUAUCUACUCCAGCUAUUGUAGAAAACGAUGAUGACACGAUAAAAACUUUGGAACCUUGGAGAUUUUACGUGAAUCCUCCAGUAUCUUCAUCAAUGAACAAUGUAAACUUGAAAAAAGAAAUUGUCUUUACUAACUCAAGAAAUGAAGAUCCUAACAAAGGUGUCAUUUGUACUAUACAAACAUUAAAUGGGAUAAAUUUACUAAAGUGUUCAUUAAAUUUAUUCGAUACUUCCGAAUCUUUUACGGAACAAUCCAACGAUAGUUCUUUCGAAUCUUCUUCACAUUUUAUUCCAGAUUCUAAGAGUGAUAUAUUUACAGAAGAUGACAAUGAAUCUUUCUCAAAUCAUUAUUCCUCUUCCGUUGAAAGUCAUACAACAGAAAAUUCUUUGAAUGAUAUGACAUCAUCUAACAAAAAUAUUGGUAUCGAAGCUAGUACGAUUGAACAGGAAUCGAAAGAAAUCUCCAUAGAUUCAACAAAUUCGGAAUCCGAAAUGUCGGAUAUUUCUUCAGAACGGUGGAUGAAAUUUGAGUCACCUACAGAUACGUACGAUCAAGAUAAUACAUCUAAAAUUAUAAAAGAUCCAAUACUUUGGUGGUUAGAUGUGAAUAAAUAUCGCACGAAGCGAUCGACUGGUGAGGAAACGGUAGAAAGGAAAAGACGUGGCAUCGCGAAGAUAAUGUCGGGACAAAAAACUUUUUCGGACGAUGAAGACUUAUAUAGGAAAUGGAUGAACAACGAAACUCGUUUACAAGAUUGGAUACGGAUGCAUAAAACUGGGAUUAUAAAAAAUAUGAUGCGAGAAUACUCAAACGAAGAAUUGGACGAGAACUUGGCGAGAUUUUAUUUAGAAAUGGAGAUUCUCUCUUCUCAUAUCGACAUGUUGCACGAGCUUUAUCUUCGACGACAUAAUUUGGAGGACGAUUAUAUAUCGCAGGAAUUUCUAAAUGAUUUUUAUGAAAAUUAAAGACAAUAUCUCGUUUA